GAACUGUCUGGGGGCAGAAGGGUGAAGCGUGGAGGGGAGGGCACGUCUGUGGACUUGGUCAUCUCCUCCUCCUCCUGCUCCCAGCCGCGGGUAAAGGGCAGGCAGUUUGGGCCUGGACAUCUCCAGCCAUGGCGGAGCCUGAGUGGGAGUCGCUGGAGCAGUGCUUGGAGAAGCACCUGCCGCCCGCAGACUUGAGGGAAGUGAAACGCCUUCUCUAUGGCAAGGAGACUAGGAAGCUCGACCUGCCCAGCCAGGCUUUGGAAUCCGCCGCUGAAGGGGACUUUGAGCUGCAGGGAUACGCCUUCGAGGCGGCCGAGGAGCAGCUGCGGGGCCCGCGGACCGUGCGUGUGGGGCUUGUGCAGAACAGGAUCCCUCUGCCCGCGGAUGCCCCUGUGGCCAAGCAGGUCUCCGCCCUUCACAGGCGCAUAGAGGCCAUCGUGGAGGUGGCUGCGAUGUGCGGAGUCAACAUCAUCUGCUUCCAGGAGGCCUGGACCAUGCCCUUCGCGUUUUGCACGAGAGAGAAGCUCCCGUGGACAGAGUUUGCCGAGUCAGCCGAAGACGGGCCCACCACCAGAUUCUGCCAGAAGCUGGCGAAGAAGCACAACAUGGUGGUGGUCUCCCCGAUCCUGGAGCGGGACGGAGCGCAUGGGGACGUGCUAUGGAACACGGCCGUCGUCAUCUCCAACUCCGGCGCCGUCCUGGGCAAGACCAGGAAGAACCACAUCCCCAGAGUGGGCGACUUCAACGAGUCCACUUACUACAUGGAGGGGAACCUGGGCCACCCCGUGUUCCAGACGCAGUUCGGGAGGAUCGCGGUGAACAUCUGCUACGGGCGGCACCACCCCCUCAACUGGUUCAUGUACAGCGUCAACGGGGCCGACAUCAUCUUCAACCCCUCAGCCACCAUCGGGGCGCUCAGCGAGUCCAUGUGGCCGAUCGAGGCCAGGAACGCGGCCAUCGCCAACCACUGCUUCACCUGUGCCAUCAACCGCGUGGGCAAGGAGUACUUCCCCCACGAGUUUACCUCUGGAGACGGGAAGAAAGCUCACAAGGACUUCGGCUACUUCUACGGCUCCAGCUACGUGGCUGCCCCGGACAGCAGCCGCACGCCUGGGCUCUCCCGCACCCGGGACGGGCUGCUGGUGGCCGAGCUCAACCUCAACCUGUGCCGGCAGGUGAAUGACGUCUGGAACUUCAAGAUGACCGGCAGAUACGACAUGUACGCGCGGGAGCUGGCGGAAGCCGUCCAACCCGACUACCGCCCCCACAUCGUGCGGGAGUAGCCGGCCCUCGGCCCUGCCCGUCCGGAGGGCGCCCCUGCCCGCGGCGGGUCGGCGGUGUGACCGUUCCUAAUGGUGCCCUGAUCACAUCGAUUGCUGUCCACAUCGAUUCUUACACGUCCCGAUGCUGAGGGUAGAAUGAGGGGUGACUGCUUAACGGCUACAGGCUUUCCUUCUGAGGUGAUGACUGUCUGGGGCUGGAUAGAGGCGAUGGCACUACAUGACGAGGAAUCGUGGCUUCAAUCUGGUUAGUUUUCUGUGUGUGACCUUUGCCUCCGUGUAAACAUAUCCCAGGCCCGGGCUGUGCGGGUUGAUUUGAAGUUAGACAGGCGAGCUGCCCCCGUCCCGGGGCUCCCCACCCCUCCAUUUAGACUCAGCCACUCCAGGGCCAGCGAGGGGGGGUGUGUACCAGCAGGAGAGGGCGAGGCCGACCCGGAGCCCCUGGAUGGCCCUGGGCGGGCGGGAGGAAGGCCAUUGUAUGUGUCAAGUUGGUUAGGCUGCAGUCUCUAGACCAGCGGUUCUCAACCUGUGGGUCGCGACCCCUUUGGGAGUCAAAUGACCCUUUCACA